AUGUCUAUCACGGGCACUCUCUCUCAGGGGAAGGCUAAGAAAUUUGCUGACCAUCUCCAUCUGAGCUCCAAUAAGGCCCGCAGAACUCAGUUGCGCGAAAUGGCCCACCAAGCAAAGCUCUUCGCGCUGGCGGAAGAGGUGUACGGCCGGGAAGCGGGUGGGGAUGGAUAA